UGCCGGCCAUGCGGGGCCGCCGGCCGGGCCGCGGCUGAACAGGGAGGCGAGCGGGCGGGCGAACGAGCAGCGCGGGCGGCGGCGCUCCAUGGCCGGUGGGUCGGGGUGAGGUGAGGCGAGGCGGCAUGGCGGGCGUCAGCUACUCGCCGCCCUGGUGGGUGAGCCUGCUGCACCGCCUGCCGCACCUCAGCCUGCGCUGGGAGCUCACCGCCGCCGACUUCCGACCGCACGACGCCGAGUACCAGCAGGCCCUGUUGCUGUUGGGUGGCGUCGCACUCUCCUGCCUUGCUCUGGACCUGCUUUUUCUCUUGUUCUACUCAUUUUGGCUGUGUUGCCGCCAUCGGAAGAGUGAAGAGCAUCUAAAUGCUGACUGCUGCUGUACGGCAUGGUGUGUCAUCAUCGCAACCCUGGUGUGCAGUGCUGGAAUUGCUGUUGGCUUCUAUGGCAAUGGAGAGACCAGUGACGGCAUUCACCGGCUGACGUACUCGCUACGCCAUGCAAACCGCACUGUGGCAGGUGUCCAAGACCGGGUACUAGAUACUGCAGUGGCUCUGAACCAAACAGUGGAACCAAACUUGCUUGUCCUGGAGGAGAUGUUCACGAAGCAGACAGACUACCUGCAUGUUAUCCAGAAACUGCAGGGUCUCUUGGAUGAUCUAGUCAGGCAAACAACUGAGAUCCCCUUCUGGAAGAAUGAAGAGCUGUCUCUGGAGGAGCUCGCAAUUCAGAUUGACCUCUAUGACUGGUACAGGUGGCUGGGGUACUUGGGCCUGCUCCUGUUCCAUGUCCUGAUAUGUUUGCUGGUGCUCUUUGGGCUCAUUAGAAACUCCAGGGCCAUUCUUAUGGGGGUGUGCUUACUUGGGGUGUUUGCCCUCAUUGUCAGCUGGGGAUCCCUGGGUCUGGAGUUGGCUGUUGCUGUGGGCUCCAGUGACUUCUGUAUUAACCCAGAUGCUUAUGUCUCCAAAGUGGUAGAAGAGAAUGCAGUGCUUGGUGCUGAUAUUCUCCGCUAUUACAUUACCUGUAGUGCUGGAUACCCCAACCCCUUCCAGCAGAAGCUGUCGGGAAGUCACAAGGCUCUGGUAGAAAUGCAGGAUGAUGUUAUGGAACUCAUGAGGUCAGCAAGCAGAGAGCAUCCCACCUCCAAGGAGUAUCUUACUCGGAUCCAGGAGGUUUUAAAUUCAACAGAGAUCAACUUGCAGCAACUGACAGCUUUAGUAGACUGUCGGAGUCUGCAUUUGGAUUAUGUCCAGGCUUUGACGGGCUUUUGCUAUGAUGGAGUGGAAGGCCUCAUCUACCUGGUUCUCUUCUCCUUUGUCACAGCCCUCAUGUUCAGUUCCAUUGUGUGCAGCGUCCCACACACUUGGCAGCAGAAGAGAAGCUCAGAUGAUGAAGGGGAAGAAGAAUCAGCUGCUCAAGGGAGUAGACAAACACACGAUAAUCUUUACAGAGUGCACAUGCCCAGCCUCUAUAGCUGUGGGAGUAGUUAUGGCAGUGAGACCAGCAUUCCAGCAGCAGCACACACAGUCAGCAAUGCUCCUGUCACAGAGUACAUGAGCCAGAAUGCAAAUUUCCAGAACCCCCGUUGCGAGAAUACCCCGCUCAUUGGCCGGGAGUCCCCACCUCCCUCAUUGUAUUUGGCUGCCAUGGACAGUAGCAGCCAUAUGAGCUGGCAGCUUAAACCCUCGGACAGUGCACGGACAUACUGGUAACAGCGCCCGCAAAUGGAACAGUACACCUCCAGCAUGAGAGCCAAAUACCUCGCCACCAACCAACCUCGUCCAGAUGCUGGCAGUGUGCAUUAAAAUGAAAAAGCAAAAGCAAAAAAACACAAAACCCACAUGUGCAGUCAGACUAAACAGUGUGCCAACUGCUGUGCCCCUGUGCUGUCCUCGUAGAACAAUCCUGCUGUUCUGCCCAAAAUCCAGUGCAGCUCCUCCUGUUUCUCCAGUCCAGACCACCCUUCCAAACCCACUACCUGCCCACUGGAGUGGAAGCCCCUUUUGAAUUUAAGCCUUCACCUUGUUGUACCUGAUGUGCCAGAGAGAGCAAGUAUGUGCAGGCAAGAAACUGGGCCCACCUGUUUGGGGAGCAACUUACUGGAGUAGCCUAUCAGAAAAAGUUGGUGAAUAUCUUCUGCUCCCUUUUUCCCCCCUUCUGUUCCCCAGAGGGGCUUGGUGAAAGAUGGUAGUAGAUCUUCACUUCUCCAGUGGGAUCAGCAGUCUGUCAAACACUGAAGAAGCAGGGGCUCAGUGCUGAUGACUAGUGUACAACAAGGGAACGCUGAGUCGAUGCACCGUUUUGGUGGGGGUCCCCUGGUCCGGUGCCCUGUGUGAGGGAGUAGGGAAACUCCUGCCUCAUGGUGUCACUGCAUAUCCACUGUAAUUUGGGAGCCUGGGGCUUUUCUAGAGCAAACCAUUCUACUACCCUGAUUAACUUUUUAAAAAAAAAAAAAAAAAAUUGACAGUUGCCACUCAAUCUAGGAUGUGAAUUCUUGAGGAGGAGCAGGAGGUCCCAGUACCAGUCACCUACCCUGUCCAUUGCUCUGAACCUGACCUCUCUGCUCCAUCAGGGAAGCCCAGGUACUGGCAGGUGGCAGUCUGGGUGCUGCCUUUACAAGGCUGACACGCAGAUCAGACAGGAGCCAGCCACCCACUUCGUGCCAAAUUUUUCCAGGAAAAAACUUGUAAGACUUUAUGGGGUGUAUUUUUGCACUAAAGAGUUUCAGCUCUCUGAUGCUAGAUCUUAGGGGACAGUCAGCUUGCAAAAGCAAGAGGGACUGGAAGCACCAAUGAAUUUAUAGCAAAUGCAAGCUCUCCCUGCAGAAGUGACCUGUGAACUCUGCUGGACUUUUUAUUUUAUUUUUUUAAAUGAUUAUAACUUACAGCACAGGGUUGCUGAAAUGGCAUUGGAGGAGGUUUUUGAAGCCUGUCCUAACAAACUCAUGAGAUUGUCAGUCUACCUUCCGUGUUCCAGAGUCAGAAAGCCAAAUGACAUCUGGAGAACAUUGUGACUGUCAGAACAGGUUUUUAUUGUAUUCUCUUUUAAUUUGUUUUGGUUUUCAAGGCACAUUGCUAACCACUAUCUGACCACAUUAAGGCACAUGUAAGGUAUUUUUCUAGACAUGAGGCAGAACAAGGCUUGCAAAGGGGCAGCUGGAUGCCUGCAAAGGGCAACAUCCUCCAUUGGUGCUGUACUUUCCACUGAAGAGCGGUGCUGCAAAGGGCACCAACGGCUUCCUACUGGAAGAGGAGACUGCCUCUUGGGAGGUACUGUAGAGUACUGCCCUUUCAGUAGGGUAACUUUGAUGUUCCUUUUUGUCUUUUUACCCCUGAGCAGGGGCAUCUUAGUGUAGCUGCUGAGCUUUACAUUAAAUAACUGGCAGAGGAAAUAAAAGUGGGAAACGUCUCUCAAACUGGAGUUGAGCCAUUGGCAGAGGCAGUUAGUCUUCACCUCAGUGAUGUUCAGACUCUGUGUCUGUUUACCCCACGUUUGCUGUACGGGGCACAGAAUCUACCAAUCUGCCUUUACUCAAGUUGGUUGCCUUCUUUCAGUGAGGUGGGAAUUGCUCCUAGCAGGCAGCUAACUAGGAUGAUGGUAUCUGCUGUAAAAUGGUACCAGCCCUGUGGAAGAGCAAGCGUUGAGACCCCUCUUAAGAUAGAAACCACUAAUAGACUGCAAAAGCUGGAGGCCAGCUAUUGCUGUUCAAAGGAGCAAGGGAAACAGGGAGGAGGCACCACCAGGCAGACAGGAGGAGAAGGUUUUGGAGAAAACGUCACACUUCACCAUAAAUCUCUGGAAGCAGGAUUUUCUUGCUCAGGACUUGAGUAUGCCCUUUCAGACAUGUUUGAUGGGCUUCAUACUGAAACAUACCUCUGUGUUAUCAAAUAAAAAAGGGCAGGGAAAUGUAGUCACAGGUGGUAUGGAGGGACACUGUGGCUCAUGAGCACCAGGUUUUCCACCCUGUCUUAAAUCCUACCGCGAGAGCCGGGUGUGCGAGCAUGUGGCAGGGCCUGAAGCACGCAACUGCUGUCUGGGGGGGAGCCUUCCCCUGGCUUUGAAGAAAGAAGCAAGAGCCAUAUUAUCCUUAUUAAGACUAAGUUGUUCUGCCAUCAUCUCUCCUUGCAAGGAUGUUCUCGGGUUGCUACUUACGUUAUCAGUUUUAGGGGAGCUGCCCUAAAAUCUGUGGCCUGGUCCUACUCAUUGAAGGCAAGUGUUUUGAAGGCUGGAGGGUGCGGGGAACCCUGUGAGAACAAGUGCUUCUGUAGAUCGACUCCUCUGUAUACAGACCGCAUCCUGAGCCUGCGUGCGGCUGCGCUUUGGGUUGGCUCUGAAUUGUCACAGUGGUACUGUCUGUGCCACCAUGGAUAACGGGGGGAGCGAGCCUCUGCCUUUUUGUUUGCAGCAUCUAAUGGAGCAGCCACCUUGACCUGCUUCCUUCCCAGGUCUGGCAGUGCCACUCCUAACACCCAGAACAACUUCUGACAAUGUUCGGGGCUUGCAGCAAGGCACAAAUGUGGAGGUAUGUGCUCUGUGACUUCAAAAUAUAACUGGAAAGAACGUUACGGAGAUAACAUUUUGCUCUCUGGAGGCCAGCAUAACGUGACUGCAGUGUGAGCUGUGUACCUUUGUCCAGCCAGCACUUCCUUUACUUGACAUGGAUAUUGCACUUUUGUAAAGCAUCCUGGAACUCUGCUGCCCCGCUGCAUGCUGUGCAGAGCGCUGGAUAGGAAACACAGACAAAUGGGUUUCUUUUGGUUUAUUAUUAUUAUUAGUCUUUUUUUUUUUCUUUUCUUUUUUACUGGAACCUUGAGCAACAGCGUGGCAUUUCCGCAGGCUGGUCUGAACGGAUCUGCUGAAGAACAGAUGGCCUUUGCCUAUUCUUAUGGCUGAGACAUAAUCAGUCUCAUCCAUAUGGUCACAUUUUGUCUGAGGAGCGGACUUUCAAAGCCAAAAUCUCCCAGACUCUGUGCCUCCCUCUCGGGUGAACAGCAGGUGCUAUCUGGCGAAGACUCAUCUGUUCUAGAUGGCAUUCAUGGUUGAAGGAGUCCAUACUCUUCAAGCUGAAGGAGGUAAAGCUGUAGAGACUGCUCUCUCUUCCAGUGUGUCUCUUUUUAACGUGACAAAAUGCCAAGGCCAUAUCACUUGGUGUGUCCCAGCUGACCUUAUUGGAAUGUUACUGGUGUUACUGGUUGCUAACAAAAGGGUCCAGAAUUCUGGGGAGAUGAGAUUGGCCUCUGGACAACCUCAUUGACUGCAAAACAGAAGGCAGCUUGCCUGGUUGAAGGUGACUGCAUCGGUGAAGACACUUCAUGUUACUUUUUCAGAAGCACAAAUGUGGUCAUUGGCUUGUCUGGUUGGCUUGGUUUAUUUCCACUGCAUCAUCAUGUGUGAAUGACACUUUCUUUUGGAACUGAGGACUCUUCCAAGCACACAAACAUCUCCACAAUGUGAAAUGUAAAUAGCAUGUUGGACUCUCGUGUCCAGUGUUCAAGACUGCAUUGUAAUUGUAAAGGAAAUCGAAUCAAGACUUGGCUGUGAAUUUCUUGUGCUGUCUUGGGAAUAUAACUGUAGUGUUUGUAUCCUGUAUGUAUUAUUAAACUGAGUUCAUUUUAUGUGCUGAUAAAAGGGUUCAAGCUAAGAUUUUUAGCGUACAUCCAUGUAUCCGAAUGUGAAGGAUGGAGUGCUCCCUUCCCCUCCUGUCCUUUUUUAAGUUUUCUCCAUUUGAUAGGUGUUAAUUUUCAGUGUACAGUCAUGUCAGCCAAGAUGCAAGGAUGUUCAUUUGAGUGCUUUGAGGGGGACACAGUGCAUGGGGUUUGAAGUGAUCCUAAGUUAGGACUUCCAUAGCAGUUCCCUGAAAAUACAUGGGAAGUUUGGCCUUUCUGAGAGUAAACUGUUUCUCGGGGGCUGCUUAGCCAUCACUCAUGAGAGCCUUGGGUGCUGCAGGGUGAUAGCAGACAGGAGUGGGUGGGUACCUAUAGGAGCAAGGUAAAGGUUCCUGUGUGGAUAAACCCAUGCUUCACUUGUGGUCCUGCCUUCUCUUCCUUCUAGCAGCAACUGAGAUACCAUGCUGAACCCUUUGAAGAAGAGAGAAGUGUCUUGGCUUGUUGAUUCUAGCCACCCCACCUGAUUCAGGAGUAGGUGAGGUGCGUGGGUUUUCCUCUAGCUAGGGCGAGGAGCUGUCUUUGAAGUACUUCCUACCUGGGGACUAAGGAGAAGCCAGGGUCUUCCCCAACUUGACAAGUCUGUUAGCAUAACUCUGGGACCACCUCUGGGUGGGAGGGGGAAAGCCCUCCAGGGAGAUACUAAGGAGUAGAUCUAAUGCCUUGAGAGAGGAGACCUGAAAACACUUAAUCAGUACCUUUAACCAGGUGGCUUCUUUCGUCACAGCCCCUUUUCUAGAAAUUCUUUGUGUGCAUGCUAUGGAUGGCUUCCCUAGUCAUUCCAGGAGGCCCAGCAGAAGCGUGGGGUGUUUUGAGAGCAGUUCCUAGAUGGCUAGCAAGUGGUCUGUGCUUUCUGGGUGGGGAGUGGGAUCUCCUGCCCAGCCGUGAUGGUGAGUGAUGCCCAGCUAGGGGAGAGAAGGGAUGCGUUACUGGUGGCCUGAAGCUCCCGGGUGCUCACCCAGCCCCUGUGGCUGCGUGCGUGAACAAAGUGGAACAUAAAUUGAUGUACAACCAGAAAGUUCAAAAUACUUCUUUCCUAAAGAGGAUAACUGUAGCAUGAAGCUCUUAGGUGCUCUGCAUAUUUGAUACCACAAUGCUCCUCACUAUGCAAUUCCCAGCUCCUUCCUUCCAGUUCCUCCUCUAAUCUCACACCAAGACUUCUCCGGUGGCCUCUGCCCACAGGCCACUGAAGUCCCAGAAAAGCUUCAUUUCUUUCAUUGUCCUCCGCAUUAGGUCCAGCUGCCCAGCCGUUACGUCGUGUGCCUCAGGUCCCUUUUUAACGGGAGGCCCCAUGACUUUUAUUCACAUCAUUCAGAGGGAAGUUUAUUUUCUUGGACACUGUGCACAGAAACCUAAUGGUGAACAUGUACCUGGCCUUUCUGUAACUUUUCUGUUUUUUCUUCUUAACCAUAAUGGUUGUAUAUCAUACCACUUUAUAUACAUAUAUAAUAUAUAAAUAUAUAUAAUUUUUUUUUAAAACUUCAGACCUGCUAGUUUCUGUCAAGUGUUCCUGCACUUACCCAAAAUGUUUUUAAAUUGUGAGGAUUAAAGAGGAUUGAGCCCAUUUUUGUAUCUUUACUUUUAAUUCUGUAGUUCUAUUGAUUGUAAUGUAGCUAUUUUUUACUGUAACUUUUUGGUUUGCAAAUACUAAACAAAAAACCUAAAUGUAAUUUCUGUGGUUUCUAUUCAGCUUGGGUUUCAUGUUUUAAAAAUAAAUGAUUUAAAACCA